CCAUUUGAUGAUGUCGAGACUCUGCGAGCCGAGGUGGAAAAUGCGCAACAGCUCUUGGGGAAGGAGUGGUAUGAGCCCGUCACAGCAAAGGAGCUGGAGGCCAUCAAGUCUGCAAUGGUGAGCGGGCCGAGGGACAUCUCGACGCACUCGGGCCAUUGGUAUAAGUGCCAGAAUGGACACGUGGUUAGUUUUGCGCAACGAACCCCCGGGACAGGCCGGGGUGGAUGGAAGGAGAACAACCAUACGGAUCUCGGCACUAAGAACACCAUCGUCGAUGAUCACUUCAGUUUUGUUGCCAUUAUCGACUGGGAGUUCGCGCAGACUGCUCCAUGGCAGGCCAACCCCAGUCCUAUGCCGUUUCCUUUGCUAGGAUCAGACACCGAGGACAUUCUCAGAGAUCCUAGCCAUCUCGCCUACAAUAAUGUGUUACGGCAAGACGUUUCUCGACGAAUCUACCGCCAGAAGUUCCAAGAGGCUGAGAGGAAACUAGAGGGGGAGGCUGAGCUCUUGAAGGGUCCUUCACAGACACUCUAAACAGCUCAGCACUAAAGAUAUAUGCUUGAUUCACUAGCCUAGGCCGUUUACAGCAGGCUGAUAGGGGCCUACUGCGUGAGAUGGUGCGCCUUGCCUUCGGGGUGGAUGCAGCAAAGUUGAGGGGUAUCUCUGGGAGCUAGAGU